UGGACUGUGGAAAUGCUCGCUUUCACCUAACCAACCUAAAAUAAUUCUUGCUUCUUUAUCCGAAAAGUUGUUUUUCAUUGAAUUAUUUCAAAGUUCCGUUGCGAUUGUAAGACCAAAUAAUCUAAAAUAAUGGCUGAAGCUAUGAAACAAACAGUGGCUACUAUGUUGAAGGGAAUUGAAAGAUACAACCCAGAUAAUUUGCCCACUCUAGAACGUUAUGUUGAAAUUCAAUCAAGAGAAAAUGCUUAUGAUUUGGAAGCUAAUUUAGCUGUUUUGAAAUUAUAUCAGUUCAAUCCCCACAGUUUCAGUAAAGAUAUAACAUGUCAAAUAUUGUUGAAAGCUCUAACUAAUCUACCACAUACAGACUUCAUCCUUUGCAAAUGUUUAUUGAAUGAAAAACAACUAUCUGAUGAGCCGAUAAAUCAAAUCAUUUAUUUGGCCCAUAUACUUGAACAAUGCGAAUUUCAAUCAUUUUGGAAUAGAAUUCAAACCUUACCCGAUCUAACUAAAAGUAUAACUGGUUUUUUGGACUCGAUUAGAAAAUUUGUUUGUCACGUUGUGGGCAUCACUUAUCAGACCAUUGAGCGAUCUAAUCUUGCCCAACUUCUUGGAGAUAUUGAUGAUUCGACUCUGAAUGUUUGGAUAAAGAAAUAUGGCUGGAAGGAUCAAGGAAGCUUAAUCUUUAUAGCCAAUCAAGAAGAGAAUAUCAAAACCAAAAAUAUCAAUGAAAAGAUUGAUUUUGAUAAUGUCGGUGCAAUUAUGGCUGCAUGUCACUGAAUAAAUUUUUUUAACAUUGUUUUUUAUUCAAGUAAUUAAACAUUAAAUAUGUAUAAUAAAUUUGUAUUAUGUCAGGAUACAUUGAAUAAACUCCGAAGUUGA